AUGGGACCAGAUGGUGCUUUUCGCUUGCGGAAGGUUUACCGUCGCUACUUCUACGCGAAGGUGGAUAUCAUCGAAUGCCUUACCGGCAUGGGCUUUGAGAAGGGGUUCCUGCGAAGAAAACGUUGUGGUCGCGGUCUCCAAAGCAAAAAUGAAGCCUCAAUUGGAAGUCCGCACAACUCGCCGCAUACACAUAGAGCGUCGGGCGGGUAUAUGAUCACUGCCACUCCUGCGCAGCUAUGGCGGUCAAGACAACCAUACACAAUGGGUGGUGGUAAUCGGCCAGGCCUCCUCGUCUCCAUGGGUGGAGUCUUGUUUGCCGACGCAGCACAGAGCAGAAAGAGCGUGUAUCACAUUUUCGAGGCGCGCAGCGGAAGUGGGUGUACGGCAGCUGUGGCGGACAAGCCCGGAAAGGCAGCCCAAUGGUGCGAGCACGCAGGCAAGACGGAAGUCAGAAUAUCCACAUACUGGAACACGCGGUCCCCAACCCGCUGCCCAGUGCGCGCUGCGAGCUGGGAACACGUCAGAGCGUCCAUUUCCCCGCCUUCUCGUCGGAGAACGACCGUAGCGGAGCACAUGAGCAAGAGCGGGCUGCUUUGUCGCCGUGCCUUCUACUGGUCGCGAGCUCCACCCACGCCGGACGCUGCUGCUGCGCGUCUUCGCACUGGCGCUAAAGCGCAAGACGGCCGAAGCAGCGGGAAAGGACGGACCUUCGCGGCAGCAGACCAUCGCGCACCUACCUGCAGGGCGGCCUUGCGCAGAGCUGCGGCGUUAGAUCAAUCGAGUGGCGCGGACGAGAUAGGAGAACAUGAGAGCAGGCUUGAAUCGGAGAACCCCACCGAACGCGGCGCCGUGCGGGAUUGCGGCAGGGCUACUCCGCGCCGGGCAUGCGCCGAACUCGUACACUCCUGUCGGCGGGCGAUCACUGAUCAGGCACGCCGAUCGCCCGCUGGGUGGGGAUGCGCGGAAGUAAAGGGGACGAGUGCCAGUUGGCUUGCUUUGGUCUCCGCCCCUGUGGCGGCGAGCGUGUGGCGGCGACUGUGCGGACCGGCGUUUGGUACAGGCACCCCAGGCGAGUGGGAUAUGAUGAGUAUGCCAAGUGACAUGCAGUCUGAUAAAGUGUGGGCGCGUGACAGCGGGGUGACUUACUCAGAGGAACACACGGGCGCGUGGGCGCUGUGUGCGAGCAUGUGCGCAUACGUACGGUCGUCGUGCGCAUACGAGUGGGAGUGGGCCCGCAGUCGUGUCCGGCCUGCAACGUCCGCGUGUGCGCGCACCGGAGCCCACGAGGUGGUGGCGUUGGCGCGUGGAACGAGGUCGCACAUCCAGACAAAGUCGGCAUCUAGCGGUGGGAGUGGACAAGUGGGGGCGGGCGAGCGGAGGCAUGCGGGCGGACACUAUCCCUCGACGCUCCCACCUGCCCGCCCGAGCGCGGGCACAAGUCCGCCAGACCCCACACCCAGCUGGUUCAAUGCAACAGCGAUCCGUCGCGCUCCGCAGCGUCCCCGCCUGCUCUCCGACAAGCGUCAUCGGGCUUGGUAUUGCGAUCGGAGGAAUACGAGGGGAGGGAAGCGCGAAGCCAGGCCAGGCGCGGAGGCACAUCCGCGCCGCAGUCUAGAACUGCUGAGAUGCGUCGUAGAUUGGGAUUUGGGUACCCGUGGCUGGGCCCCGCGCGCUCCCACACGCUAUCUUGUGGGGAUCUGCUUGAAUCGGAAGAUAAGUGGUCAGUGGGCUGUGCAUGCGGGCCGAGGCGAGGGAGGAUGGGGCGAGGCGGGGAAAGGCAAGAUGGAUCUCGUGUUCAUCGAGAUGCGCAUGCGGGCGCAGCCAUUGGCUGCGCUAUUAAUGCCCGCCCGAGUCCACGCUUGCGAUCGGGCGAAUUUGGUUAUCGACACGGGUACCAAGAUUGAGUACGCUAUGUGGAUAUCCAGGGCGCCUGGAUGUGGUCACCGCACCGUGGACAUGCGUGCAAGGUAUGGCUUGUCACGCGCAACGGACGACAGGCCCUUGGAUUCGCGGCGUCCAAAAGCUGGACCGUAUGGUGCCCAGCUGGGCGAUCCAUGGUCAUCGGCUGCGUCACCUCCGGGAGUAUGCAAGCAUACUGUAAUCAAGGCAGUCACAGAUCCUUGGGGACUGGGAAGCGUUAAGAACAUGGCCGGAGGAUUGGUCAUGGGCUUCAUGAGUCAGAUACGGCGCAGAGGCUGGGAGCUGACUGAGACCGAUGUGAGCUUGCAAAGACAGACUACAGAAAAUGGUUGGGAAGAUUGCGGACGUGCAUGGAGCGAGCUGGAGGGCUGGACAGUGACGCCACACGAAGUACUUGUUCUGGAUACGGAAGGCAGACCAACCGAAUCGGGACGAGAAAACCGAAUUCGGAGGGCCAAAUCGGCCGGUGCGAGGGGAGCGGAGAGGGAGAGCUGCGGGCUCUGA